AUGGAUCCUGCAUUCGAAUCUCGAAUCCACGUAUCCAUUCGCUAUCCAGAACUUGACGUGACCUCCCUCAAGCAAAUUUGGACGCAAUUCAUCGGCGAUUCGGGCUUGUGUCAAGUCUUUGACAAUGAACUCGAGGAGCUGGCGAAGUUGGAGUUGAAUGGCCGGCGGACCAAAAAUAUCCUUCGGACUGCCUACCUACUCAGCCAAGAGGAGGAUGGUACCGGCAUCAGCUUUGACAAUAUCAAAGCAGUCCUGGAUCUGCAAUCCAUCUAG